UCGAAGGUAGCAAUAAGUAUAAAAACAACGCCAUAAGUUUCAUAGAAAUCAAUUCAACGCUAGCUCUCAUCUAGACUGCAACAAUAAAAACGAGAAAUAUGAGAAGUUUAGCGAUAAGAGCAGCUCUCGCUGCUAUGCUUGUUAUCGUAGUAACUGGAGAACCGUUUGAAUCGCACGUAAACCCGUAUGCAAUCGCAAAAGAAACUGAUGGUCAUCUUCUAAAUCUUCAAAAUCCAGAAUUCCUCGGCUAUCAAGAAAAUAAAUCUGAGCGACUUCGUCGUGAAGCUGAUCCUGAACCUUCCAGACCAAAACCACAACCAGUUCCUCCACGUCCUCCUCACCCGAGACUUCGUCGUGAAGCUGAUCCUGAACCUUCCAGACCAAGACCACAACAGGUUCCUCCACGUCCUCCUCACCCGAGACUUCGUCGUGAAGCUGAUCCUGAACCUUCCAGACCAAGACCACAACAGGUUCCUCCACGUCCACCGCAUCCUAGACUUCGUUGAGAAGCUUAUUGA